CUUAUGCUAAAUAAGCGAGCGAAAUAAUUCGUUCACCUCAAAUCUCAAAUACACUGAUUCACCGCAACAAGGUCUGUAAAAAAUGUAAAAAAUAAUUGUAUUGUCAGUGGGUCAUAGUGAAGCGCGUACACACACAAAUACCCCAACCCUCAUGACAGACACACUCGGUCUCCUACCCCUUGCACACACACACACACACACACACACACACACACACACACACACACACAGUCACUGUAGAGGGCUCUAAUUCAGCAUGCCUGCUGCUGGAUGCUCUUAGACCGAGACGCAUCCUCCUCACCGUCGGGUUUGACUGCCUCUGAAAGGGAUUUCAAUAUUUUAUUCACAGCUCUCCUCAUGGCUUCAUCGGACGGAAUAGACAAAUGUCUCCUGCACAGAGGCAGAUCUCAAAGUGACCCGAACAUCCUCAGCGAGUCUUGCAUUGAUCUCUCGCACAGCGCAGAUGUGAUGGAGCAGGAGAAGGUGCUGCGCUCCAGCUGUUUGGUGAGUGGAGUCCACACCCCUCCCAUCCGGCGCCACAGCAAGCUGGCAACACUGGGGCGUAUUUUCAGGCCGUGGAAAUGGAGGAAAAAGAAAAACGAGAAGCUGAAGCAGAGCUCUACAGAUGUGGCCUUGGCCUGCGGACUUCACUCUCCAGACCUCAGCUCUCACAUCCAGGGCAUCUCCGAUGCUGAGAUCCGGCUACCUGGCUCCCAGGGGCCCAUUCUUAGCAUCAGUAGCAUGGAGUACCUCAGCUCAGAGCAAGACAUAUUCCCUACUGUGGUAGAUUUUGUAGAGGACAAUGAGACGAUGGAAGAGCCAAAUUCAAAUGAGGAAGAGGAGGAAGAUGAAGAGGCGGGUCCCUCUGUAAAUGAGAAUAAAGACGUUGAGGAAGAUGAAGAUGAAGACGACAGAGAGGAAGAUGAGGAAGAUGAACUGCAGGAACAGUCUCCUACGAGAGGUCAUGGCAAUCUCAUUUCUCAGUUAAGCACGGAGGAAGACCCAAGUAAAGUCAUCAUCGCAUCAGUGCCUCAGUCAAACUCUUUUCUUCAAAAAGAACUUCCUAGAGUCCCUGACGGCCCUAGUCCUGUGGUUUUAAGAGGGCCCUUUACUAAUACUGUGGGCUCGCCACAUAUAGGUAGCAUACACCCUCCACUGACCCCUAGCUGUAUUAUAGAAGAACUGCACCGAGCACUGGCAACAAAGCUCAGACAGGACAGCAUUGAGCGAGAGCCAAGUGGAGAUUGUGAGAGCAGAAAGGAAGCAGAGGAAAACAAGGAAAAUGUUCGACAGGACAACUGCUUUACUGACGCUUCAGGAAUUAUCUACGAUGUUGACAGCUGGAACGACUCUGUCAUUUCUGGCACAUUGCCAAGGAGGAUGAGGAAGGAGCUGCUGGCUGUGAAGCUUCGGAAUCGUCCCAGCAAACAGGAGCUGGAGGACAAGAACAUUUUUCCUACACGGAGCGACCAGGAGAGACAGGAGAUCCGUCAACAGAUUGAAAUGAAGCUUGCCAAGAGACUCAGUCAACGGCCGGCCGUUGAAGAGCUGGAGAGCAGAAAUAUUUUAAAACAGAGGAAUGAUCAGACGGAGCAGGAGGAAAGAAGAGAGAUCAAACAGAGAUUGAACAGAAAGCUCAACCAGAGGCCAACAGUAGAUGAACUAAGAGAAAGAAAGAUUCUGAUCCGCUUCAGUGACUACGUGGAGGUGGCCAAAGCCCAGGACUAUGACAGGAGAGCUGACAAACCCUGGACAAGACUGUCUGCAGCUGACAAGGCAGCCAUCCGUAAAGAGCUAAACGAGUUCAAAAGUACUUGA